AUGUCAAAGCUAUUUUCCACAGUCAAUUCUGCAAGACAUAGUAUACCAUUAGGCAGCAUGAGAGAUUAUGUCCAUAUUAAAAAGUUAGAGAUGAAUACGGUCUUGGGACCUGAUUCCUGGAAUCAAUUGAUGCCUCAGAAAUGCCUGCUAAGUUUAGAUAUGGGUACAGAUUUUAGCAAAUCUGCGGCUACAGAUGAUUUGAAGUAUUCUCUCAAUUAUGCAGUUAUUUCUCGUGAUCUCACAAAAUUUGUAAGUAGGAAGAAAAAUUGGGGCUCAGUUUCCAAUCUGGCUAAAUCUGUCUCUCAGUUUGUUAUGGAUGAAUAUUCUGGUGUUGAGUAUCUGAACUUGGAAGUGCAGGCGGAUACAACACAUAUUAGAAGUGACCGCAUCUCUUGUAUCAUUCAAAAAGAAAGAAAAAACCCAAAAUUACAAGAAUAUGAUGUCGUUAGAAUAUCCAACCUGAAAAUGUUGACUUUGAUCGGUGUUUUUACUUUUGAAAGACUGAAGAAGCAGUAUGUAACAUUGGAUAUAAAAUUGCCAUGGCCAAAGAAAGCCAUGUCGGCACCUCCAGUACAAGGGAUCAUCGAUGAAGUUGUGAGGUUUGUAGAGGCUUCGAAAUUCAAGACUGUAGAAGCUUUAGUGGAGUCUGUGUCAACUAUUAUUGCUCAUGACGAGUAUUUUCAAAGGUUUCCAGAUUUGCCAUUGGUAAUUAAGGUUUUGAAGUUGAAUGCCAUCACAGCUACAGAAGGUGUUGGUGUGAGCUGUAUUCGUGAACCUAGAGAGGUUGAGAUGGCAAAUAUUACGCAGAUUUCUUCCAUAGAUGAAUCAUCUAAUAUUAAAUUUCAAUUACCUUUACUUCAAACCACCUCUGUGGAGGGAAAAGAUACAUGGAAAAAAGCAUUUUUAGCUUUUGGUUCGAAUAUAGGAAACCGCUUCGAACACAUUCAAACAGCUUUGAAAUUAUUAUCAAGGGAAAAAACGGUUAGAUUACUGAAUAUUUCAUCUAUUUUUGAAAGUGAACCAAUGUACUUUAAGGAUCAAACCCCUUUUAUGAAUGGAUGUAUUGAAUUGGAGACUUUGCUGACUCCAAAGGAGUUAUUGAAAUUGUGCAAAAAAAUUGAAUACGAAGAGUUGCAAAGAGUGAAGCAUUUUGAUAAUGGUCCUAGAACGAUAGACUUGGAUAUUAUCAUGUAUUUAAAUAGUGCAGGAGAGGAUGUUUUAGUUAAUGAACCUGAUUUGAAUAUACCGCACCCCAGAAUGUUGGAGAGGGCAUUUGUUCUUGAGCCAUUAUGUGAACUGAUGUCUCCAUGCCACCUUCAUCCUGUAACAGCGGAGCCUUUAGUAGACCAUUUAGAACAGCUAUACCAAAAACAACAUGAUGAGGAUGUCUUGUGGAAAUUGAUUCCUUUGCCUUAUUGUGGUGGGACGGAACGCAGAUUUCUUAAAUUCAAGACUGUUACGAACAUUGAUGAAUUCACUGGAGAAACAAAAAGGAUUACCAUUUCACCCACUUAUAUCAUGGGUAUUUUCAACGCUACGCCAGAUUCCUUCUCUGAUGGAGGUGAGCAUUUUACAGACAUUGAAGGUCAAUUGAAAGAUAUCAUUAAAAUGUGUAAAGAUGCCUUGCAUCUGCAUGAAAGCGUGAUUAUUGAUGUUGGAGGGUGCUCUACUAGACCUAAUUCUAUUCAGGUAUCUGAAGCAGAAGAAAUUCAAAGAUCGAUUCCAUUAAUUAAAGCCAUUAGAGAAAGCUCUGAUUUGCCACAGGAAAGACUUAUUUUAUCCAUCGAUACCUAUCGUUCUAAAGUCGCUAAAGAAGCUAUUAUAGCUGGGGUAGAUAUUAUCAAUGAUAUUUCUGGAGGUUUGUUUGACAGCAACAUGUUUUCUGUAGUUGCAGAAAAUCCAGAGGUUUGUUAUAUUUUGUCACACACACGAGGUGAUAUCUCAACAAUGAAUCAGUUGACGCAUUAUGAGGAUUUUGCAUUGAAUGAUUCUAUCCUAAAAGAGUUUAUUAAUAAUACUGACAUCCAGCAGCUAGACAAAUUGAAGGAGGGGACGAUGUUAAUUAGAAAUAUUGGUCAAGAAAUUGGGGAGAGAUAUAUCAAAGCAAUCCAAAAUGGAGUAAAGCGCUGGCAAGUUAUAAUCGAUCCUGGGCUUGGAUUUGCUAAGGACUGGAAACAGAACUUACAAAUUAUUAGACAUAUUCCCAUCUUGAAGAAUUACUCUUUCAUCAAGAACUCAAAAGAUUCCCAAGUGUACAUUAACCUCAGAAAUAUUCCUGUAUUAUUGGGUCCAUCGCGCAAGAAAUUCAUUGGACAUAUUACAAAAGAUGUGGAUGCAAAGAAUAGAGAUUUUUCCACUGGAGCAGUUGUGACAUCGUGUAUUGGAUUUGGUACUGAUUUGGUUAGGGUCCACGACGUGAAAAAUUGUUCGAAGAGUAUCAAAUUAGCGGAUACUAUUUAUAAAGGUUUGGAAUAA